AUGACUCCAAAAACCGACGCCAAAGCUCUGCCAAUUGUUAAAAACCAACUACGAGAGAUCUGGGCCGAGGUCCUGCAGGACGGCCCAGAGAACUUCCUAGACGAGGACGUCUUCUUCGACGUGGGAGGGGACUCGGUUCGGAGUCAGAAACUCAUCAUUGCCGCUGAGAAACGGGGCAUACGCCUCACCAUGGAGCAGAACUUUUUGAACGCUUCGCUGGAGGAGAUGGCCGGUGUGGCAAAGGUGGUACCGGUCAAACUGCAAAAACAGGAUGCGGACGACGCUCCCAAAGCCUUUGCUCUAUUACAGGAUCUCGGUUAUGGCACCCUGCAAGACAUCCUGGACACGGUUUCUUCCCAAUGUCGGCUAUCAACUGACCAGAUCGCGGACGUGUACUCCUGCAGCCCCAUGCAAGAAUCACUCGUCGCCCAACUCGAUGGUGUCGCUAACCUAUAUGUCCGGCAAUUGGUCUUUCGGUUUGCACAAAGCACCCCACUGGAUGUAUUCAAGCAGGCAUGGGAGCGAACAGUACAAGCCAAUCCUGUUCUCCGAACGCGGAUUUGCGUUGCUCCCGGUGAGCGGGGAUAUCUGCAGGCGGUAGUGGAAGAAGCCCCUUCCUGGUCCGCUUCUGAGAUAAGUCUUUCCAGGUUUCUCGAGAAGGAUGCGGUCGACGCGAUGAACCCCGGCGUCCCGUUCUUUCGAUAUGCCCUUGUGGCUGAUGAAAGCCAUCAGUACUUUGUCUGGACGGCGCACCAUGCCCUAUGCGACGGUGCCUCCAUUCCUGAGAUCCUGGCUGAAGUAGCGAUGCGAUGCCAAGGUCAAUGCGACGCCAUUUUACCGCGAGAUCCGUUUAGAGGUUUUAUUGAGUCAAUGUUUAUGCCGGAUCCUGAACGGCAACAACAGCAAAGGCUCUUCUGGCGGCAUUCAUUGGAAGACCUCAACCUGACUCCCUUUCCACCUCCACCACGUUCGAAUACACUGGUCAAUCCAGCCGCAACUGUCGAACGUUUGCUACAUUUUGGACAGCAACAGAUGCCGCUUGGGCUGACCAGGGCGCUCCUCCUACGCGCAGCCUGGGCCAUCCUCCUCUCACACUAUACCGGCACACAGGAUAUCAUUUUCGGUGCUAUCAACAGUGGCCGAACGACGGAUGUGCCUGGGGCAAGUCGGAUGACUGGCCCUACUAUCAACUUAGUCCCCAUCGUCCUCCGCGUGGAAGCACAGCAGCCCGUCGGAGGUUCAAGUCUUACUGACUUCGAGUCGCUGUUGGUUGUUCAGUCUAUGGAGUUUGCGGAUGCAAUCGGUCCGGCCACACAAUAUCUGGGCCUGGAGUAUGUGGACGCCCUGGGCAAGAAGGAGCAUCACCCAUAUCCUCUGAUCGCAACGUGCACCAUCUUGACUGACUCAACAGUCAGGCUUACCCUUCAGUACGAUGAACAGUUGUUAUCAGCUCGCCAGGCAGGGAAUCUAAGUCAUCAGUUUGAGGCAGUCGUCAAACAGCUGACAGAUGCCGCAAGCCAGGCCUUGCUUGACUCCAUCUCCCCGUUGAGUGAACACGAUCUUGCGCAAAUACACGAGUGGAACAAGUUAACUCCAAGUCCAGAAGAGACUUGUCUUCAUCAUCUUUUCGCCUGGCAGGUCUCCGUACAGCCCAAUGCCCCCGCCGGCUGCCUAGUACGAGGCGACAUUCCGAUCUGCUUUGGCAACCUUCUCGUUCUUCCACUCUUCCGGACCCUGGGUGCUAGGGGCGACUUUCACUGGCAUUUCACCCAAAGCCCCGUGAAUGGAGGGCGAAAAGAGCAAACCCUGAACGAGCCUCACAUCGUCGAAAGUAACUUCCUGCAGAGGAAGAUGUCGUCUCUCCUUGCAACGACCACACCAGCCAAAGAAGUGGGCUUCUCUUUCAAGCAAGGUGUCAACUGGUCCGACUACCUGGACUACCGCCCGGUCUAUCCACCACCCUUCUUCGAACUCAUCUAUUCCUACCGUGCCGGAGAACUCGGGUCUUCAUGGUCUGAGGCCCAUGACAUUGGUGCCGGGUGCAGUUCCGUUUCUGCGGGUCUCGCUGCAAAGUUCCCCAGCUGGAACCACACUGCGGUGGCGAUCCGCGAGAUCGGACGAGAGCUCAAAGUCGGCGGAACACUCGCCGUCACUCACUACACCGUGCCUCGUAUCGUGGGCAACCGAAAGGCCCAGAAUGUAUGGAAGGCAAUAUGGGAGGAGUACUCGAAGCGCGCAACAGGCCCGUUGCUGGACCACGCAGUCUCAAUCGUAAAUACGGCGCUGGACUGUCUCGAAUCCCCUCAGCAUGAGUGGGGGCGGGUAAAUGCGCAGGGCAGCAUCGAGAGUUAUCAGCUUGAUUCUCGCGGCAAAGAAAGUCGGGUUAAGAAAUCGGAGGAGGUCGUAUGGGUGGAAGGCGACGACGAUUGGGCUGACGAGCAGGAUGUGACGUGGUUCAAGGGAUACCUCGCAACAUGGGUGCCGGUAGUCCCCGGGAAUGAGAUCCAGCAUCUCUGGAAUGAUCCGGAGAUGGCACUCGGGGGUGGAAAGACCAGAGCCUUGCGGUCCUAUAAUUCGAACUACACAAUUGGCGCCAUUGACCGUCCUGUAUACUACGCCAUGUCCGACUACACUGAAGACAGGGCGCCCAACAAGGCUGUCGAGAGCAGCGACUCUUUGACCAACUACAAUCCCAUUCCUGAAAACGAGAAGCAGGGCACUGUCCCCGAACCUGAGGCUCCUCCGCGCGACAUCGACGGAUGGAAAUGGUGGCUCUCGGUCUUCUGCAUCUGGUCCUCGAUUUUCUUCUACGCCCUCGAUAACACCGUCGUCGCUGACAUUCAGCCCGUCAUUAUCGAAUCCCUCGGAGAGCUCGAAAAAUUGACCUGGCUCAGCGUUGCCUUCCUACUCGGGGCUACCGCUACAAACCUGAUCUGGGGAAAGAUCUACGGCCAUUUCAAUGUAAAAUGGACAUACCUCUUCAACGUCGCAGUCUUUGAAAUUGGAUCCGCCAUUUGCGGAGCAGCGCCGAGCAUGAAUGUAAUGAUCGUGGGCCGUGCCUUGUGUGGAGUGGCUGGUGCCGGCCUCUAUGUUGGAGUCAUGACCUUGCUUGCCAUGACGACGACCCUGUCGGAGCGGCCGCUAUAUGUCGGCGGAACUGGCCUAACCUGGGGAAUUGGUAUUGUCCUGGGUCCCGUUGUCGGAGGCGGAUUCAGCCAGUCAUCAGUCGGCUGGCGCUGGGCCUUCUACAUCAACUUGCUAAUUGGGGCUGUCUGCGCCCCGGUCUACCUGUUCCUGCUCCCGACUAAGGAUCCUCGGCCGGGCGUUUCACUUAAAGAGCGCUCUCGGGAACUGGAUUAUGUUGGGGCUAUCUUGCAGAUGGGAGCCUUGACUACCUUUGUCCUCGCCAUCUCGUGGGGCGGAGUCACCUACCCAUGGAACUCGGGGCAAGUCAUUGGCUGCUUUGUGGCAUCUGGUGUCCUGUUCAUCAUCCUCGGCCUGCAGCAGGUCUUUCUUGUCCUCACCUCCAUUGAUCGUCGCAUUAUUCCUGUCGAAUUCUUUGGCUCACGCACGGUCCUCAUCCUCUUUUCCUCCACAGCCGCCGCCGGUGCCGCUGCGUUUGUUCCUAUCUACAUGCUUCCUCUGUUCUUCCAGUUCACCCGCGGCGACGGACCCCUUGAUGCCGGUGUUCGCCUACUCCCCUUUAUCAUCCUCAUGGUCGUCACAAUUCUCACUAAUGGAGCCCUUCUCUCGAAACUUGGCUACUACAUGCCUUGGUACCUGAUGGGCGGUCUUCUGGUUGUGGCCGGCGGCGCGCUGAUGUACACCGUCGAUCUAGCCACCUCCACCAGUCGAAUCUACGGGUACACUGUUCUGAUGGGCGUCGGCGUGGGUGCCUUUAUCCAGGCAUCCUUUGCCGUAGCACAGGCCGUCGUCGAGCCAGAAGGCGUCCCGGCAGCCGUAGGAUUCAUUACACUAGCGCAGUUCGCCGGUAUCACCAUCGUCAUGGCCAUUGCGAACGCGAUAUUCUUGAACGAGUGUUUGUCUGAAAUCCCCAAGAUCCUCCCGAAUGUCUCCCGCUCGGACAUUGAGGCGGCAAUUCAAGGGACCAGUGAUCUGCUGGACACGCUGAGCAGCGAGACCCACACCCAAGUACUCAACGCAAUCGUAUCUGGUAUCAGCAAAGCAUAUGCACUGGAAAUUGCUGCCGGCGCUCUUGUUGCGGUGCUGAGCUUGCUCAUGAAGCGAGAGCGGUUGUUUGGGGUUUCUGCUGCAGUUGCUGCAGCUUAA